CUAGACUCGCACCUUUCUCCCGGAGUCUGGGAGAUCCAAAAUGAACUGAUUCCACUAGCAAAACAAUGAACAAUUAAUACAUUUUUAACGAAAUGGCUGGAGUUAUUCCAAAAAAAUCUGCUCCCCGUAGAAAGCAGUGGAGCAUUAAUGAGGCCCAAAGAUCUUCAUUGAAGCGGCUUAGAAGCCAGCUAGCUUCCGAUGGUUGUCCAGAAUCUCAAGUUAUUCUAGCCAAGCAGCUACUGGACCAUGAAAGUGAAUUUAAAUCAGAACAAAAAGAAAAUGCCAGACUAGGAGUCUACUGGCUAUUGAAAUCUUCCGACCAAGGAAAUCUAGAAGCAACGGAACUACUGAAAUCAUGUCUAAAAACUGGAAAAGGCAUAAGCGAGCACAACUACAUGGAUGUCAAAGCGUGCAUUUCUAUGAGCCAAGAAGAAAAAAUUGUCAGGAAGGCUGCUAGAGAAGUUUUUGCCAGCUUGUCAAAUGGUGAAGAGUAUAUAACAUCCAACCAGCUGCAGAGGAAAAUUCUAGCAAUAGAUCGUGGUCAAAGUGGCUCGUCACAUUCAACUGAGAACAGAGAUUCCGAUAAUGACGAUAGAGGCAUUAAUGAGGAAAUAGCUAAUAACUAUGAAGACAGUACGGAUUCAGAUGACGAACAUCAAGAUUGGUCACAAAGAUCUGAAAUAAACAAUCAAAAGCUCACAGAAGAUCACAUUGUUUCAUCAGCUAUAACAAUUUCACAAGGCCAUUUGCCAGUGGUUAACAAUGCCCUUUGUCUUAUAGAGCCUAAUUUGCAAGCUUUAGACCAUCUUCCUUUUGUAUAUUGGUCCAUUCUGCAUCCUAUAUUAUCUUUACAAAUUAUUUAUUUCAAACUAAUAAAGUAUUCAGGCAGUAAACCUAUACCUUUGCCUUUAGCCAGGACUGAUGUGCAACUUUUAGCAUUCUUAAUUUAUUCUUUGGCUAGCUUUGAAAAUAUUGCUGAUUUCUUUCCUACUCUUAUUUUUCAUGCCUCGUUUGUUAUUAUGACAACCACCACUUUUCAGUUAUUGCAAACCCAAAGGGAACUUCAUGAUUUUCGUUUAUGGAGAGGUUUGUUUAUAUGUUACUCGAAUGGGGAUUUGAAUGAGCAAAGCUUUGAGACCCAAUUUAUUAUUAAUCAUACCAAACAAUAUGCUUGGUUUUUUGUGGGGCUUUUUAUACAUUAUCUGGUAUAUUCUAUAACACCAAAUAAAUUAGAAUGUGAAUUUGCUGUUAUAGCUUGUUGUCUAAUGUUUAUGACUUUAUUUGGUUUUAUGCCAAAACGCAAAUCGAAGACCGUUUUUGAUCCGUUAGUACUUCUUAGUUUUGGCAUUAAUGUUUUAGCCAGAUAUCCUUAUGAUACUGAUCCAAUAGUUUCUAAAGGUUGGAGAUAUUUGGAAUUGAAUUUCGCCUCAUUUGCUAGUUAUGUUGUUUCUAAUUGCAUAGAGUUUUGUAUUAGUUUCCGUGUUAUAUUAUAUGGGCUAAUUCCAAUUAUAUUAUUUAUGAUGGCUAAAACCCAAAAAUGGCGCGGAUCCUAUAAGACUGUUUUACCUCAUUUAGUUACUUUGAGUUGGUUGCAAUACUUUGCCUUCUGCUCUCAUAACACUACAAUGUACGGACUUUAUCGAGCUACAUUAGCUUUAGUCGGUUCAGUAUUAUUUUUGCCUUUAAUGGGUUUAAUGUCGGUGAUUAUACCUGUGGUUGCUAUUACUCAAUGGAUAGUAACAUCUAAUGUAAUUUACACUAUAACCAUAUUUAUAGUUUUGCUUUCAAUAUGUUAUGCAGUUAGCUUUGUUUGUGCCAAAACCAAAUAUGCUCAGUAUACAGCUAUAGUUCAAGUUAUAUUAAUGCUGGUAGCCUGUUUUUCUUUAAUUAAAACUUUUGACCGAUCCACUAAUAUUUCAAUAGAUGUAGAACCUACGUUAGAAUGGCAAUCAUUUGAAAGAUUGUGUUAUCAAAAAUAUUGGGAGGGUACUGAAAAUACUGCUAGUGCUCAAACUAGAUGCGCCGAACUUGAACAUACACAAAUAUUUUGGGAAGGACUUGUUGUGUCUGUUAAUUUGGUAUCAAUAUCUAAUAAUUAUAAAUUCAUUUUUGAUAUGUUUCCCAAGCUCAUUUCUGAUCAUUUAUAUUGUCUUUAUGGCAAAAGAGAGUCAGUUUCUUGUCAUCAAGAUGAUUCUUCUCAGAGUGACUGUACAAUUUUACAAGAAUAUCCACAAAACAAAUGCACUUUAAAAGAAUAUAAUUUAUACAAGUUUGUAAUUAUUGUACAAAUGACUUCAUCUUUUUGGAAGUUUUACCCAGAAGUCCAUUUGCUUUUAUCAAACGAAUUCAAACAUUUUGCUCUCCGGGUUCAGCCAUAUAAUAAACUGUGGUUCAAAGGGUCGCUUUAUAACAAUCAAACCGCGGGAGCUAAUGGAAUUUUAGGAUCAUUGAGGACACACGUAAAAGUUACCGAAAUUGGUUGUAUAAGUUGUUCAGACCAUGAAUUAACUUCUGUUAGAGCAUCAGAGAAUGGCGUUUUUGGACCAAACUUACUAUAUAAAUCUUAUGAUGCGUUUAAAUUUGUUUUGGGUGCGAUGUUCAAUCCUGUACUGAUAUUUAAUUGAUUGAAAUACAAGUACACAGUACAAGAAAUCACGAACGGGAAUAUUUCAAAACUGUUUGCAUAAAAGAGAUUUUUGGUACCCUGUACAAGUUAUUUUUAAUUUAUAUGAUUUCUAGUCUUUUUGAUAGAGGUACUUGAUGAUCAUCUGUAUGAAAACUAUGUAUCUGUUGCUUAUUUCCAAGAAAUUUAUCCUAAUUCCUAUUUUAUACAGUUGUGGUAUAUUUCAGACUAAUUUUUAAUGCUAAGUAACAAACUCUCUCAAAUAUUUCUCAAAUUAAAAAAAACUAAAUAGCAUUUAAGUGAGAAGAUUUGUUUAGCAUUAGGUAAGCAGUGACCAACAUAUCAAGAAGUCACAGUGCAAUAUGUUGAAGAUUAGGAAUUGAUUUGUAUGUUUCGUUAAAUUUUAUGGUAAUUUAUAAGGAGGAAACCCUAUAGCCUGAAAGGCGUAUUUUUAUAUUUUUUAUGAUUUGUGCAAAAUAAAAUUAUAUGUGUCAGUGUUGAA